UAGAAAAAUCAAAAUUAAAUAAACACGUAAAACAAAAAAGAAUCGAAACCUUAUUUCAAAUUAUGCCCUUCUUUGUCUGCUCUGUUCUUGUGAAGAAAUUCAUUUGGUAAAAUCCGAAAAUAAACCAAAAACUCACAGCCUUUCGGAGCCAAAAGGUGCAAAACCAGGAAAUUCAACGAUCUUCGACAAACGAUCUGGUGAUGUAAUUGAAGAAUCUAGCAAAUAAUCUUAGAGAGAAAGCUAGAAAGUUGGUCAAAUAGAGGGAGAGAGCUUCAAGAGAGGUGAAAUUUAAUAUUGAUUGGAAUCGAUUGUAGAUGGAUUUGGAUGAUUUUCGGGUGAUUUUAUCGACUUCAAAUGUGGAUGUGUGGACUUUGAUCCAAACUGCCAUCGCCGUAGCUUCAUUGGACUACGGUGAAGAAUUGAAAGAUCGGAGAGACUCGAUCGUGGAAAAACUCUACGCGAGCUCGAGUCAACGAUGCAGCAGCUGCCACGAUUAUCGGAAGCCUAACGGAGAUGGCGUGAAUACUAAGAGUCCGGUCGAGAAAGAGAGCAUUCCUGAAGGCAAAGCAAGAGGCUCGCCUUCUACUCCGGAGUCAAAUAAGGGAACUGAUGAUGAUGAACAUUAUGAUGAAGAAGGUGAGCUAGAUCCGUACGGAGGAUUGUUCGAAGAUGAGCUUACGAAAAUUCUUAGAAUUAAAGAACGGUUAGAAGAUCCACUCCAGUCUGAAGAGUCUGUGGUUGGUAUACUUCAAAAUCUAGUUGAUAUGGAGAUUACCUUCCAAGCUCUCAAGGAAACAGAUAUUGGAAGACAUGUAAACCAAUUCCGGAAGCAUCCGUCGGAUCAAGUGCGGAAAUUGGUGAAGCAACUUGUCCGAAACUGGAAAGAAUUGGUGGACGAAUGGGUUAGGGUGAACCAACCUGAACAAGAUGCUUCUACUAUCAUUGCUGAUGGAGACUCGCCACAGCAGAACAUUCUACCAAAGAAUACCAAAGAUGGUCAUCACCAGGUUCCUGAUUUUGCUUAUUCUCCAAAUCCACACACCUGGAGUUCUGGCUCAGACAAGACCAAUUCAGAACCAGAACAGAGACCAAACGCCAUCCCUAAAAGAGAGACUCCUACCAAGCGGCCUCAAUCAAUUCCAGUACCUGCUUCUGUUCCUCCUCCAAACAGAGCACAGAAGGAAACACUCAUAGAUGCUGAAAAGUUGAAUUCAGCAAGAAGGCGGCUUCACGAGAACUACCAAGAAGCUCAAAAUGCCAAAAAGCAAAGAACGAUCCAGGUAAUGGAUAUCCAUGACAUACCAAAACCAAAGAAUACCUUCUUUGCCAAGAAUAAAGGCGGUUUUCCGGGGAGGAAUCAUCGGUGAUGGGACGGACUUAAUACGUGGUUCUGCUGGAUUACUGGGAUGCCACAAGGCGGUCUAUCCCUGUAACAACAAUUUUUCCUCUUCAAACAAUACAAUACUACUAUGAAUUAUUAUCCUGUAAUAUAAGCUCAAUGAGAAACAGAGCUUGGGGUUCUCAUUUCCCAUUUCUCCCUAGUCAUUGCAACUGUGAAUAUGACCUGUGAGUGAUUACGAAGCUAUUUUGAACGUGAACGUGGUGUGAGAGGCAAUGUGUUCUUUUGACUCGGUUCCUCUUAAGUAAAAAUUGUCAAAUGAUAGGGCUAGUUGGAGGGUUUAUGCAAGUUUUAUUGACAAUACGAUAGCAUUCCUAUGAAUUUAAUGCAGGAGUGAAGGGUCUAUCUUCAAACGGUUAUACUUUGAUGGUUCUCAACUAGGAGUGUCAAUUAAGUCAGUCG